CUCUCCUCCUAACUUUUAGCGUUCGAUGCGCCCUCUUUUUAAAAAAAAUUCCUUGGAAUACAAAUUAACAGCUGAUAUUAUUGAGGCGCGAACCACCCAGUCAAGAAACGAAAAAAAGGCGGAGCGAUCGCCCAACAACCAUGCUCUUAAUACAAUUUGCACUAACUUCCGUCUCCGUACACGCGGUGCACAUUUCUGCUAUCUAUCCACCUACUUCAAAAUUUCAUCAUUGAGACUGCUGCAGAGUCCCAGCACUUUUCAAGCAUCUUUUAACAACCCUUCAUGCAGUCAACUGCCGCUUUCAGCUCUGACGACUGAUCGUUUUGACUUGUAAGUAGAUUUUCUUACUGUAAAAAUUCUAUGCAAAAAGAAAAAUCUCUGUUUUGCUGAACAGGAAAGAAAAUAGCAUCGUGAGACUAGCACAAACUCGAAUUACAAACAUUCUUCACUCGAACAAUCGAAAGUCUUGAAAUAAAACACUAGUGAUAGCACAUAUUUUACUUCCUUAUAUUUUAGAUGUUUCUGUAAUUGUUUUAAUUGGUACACUUUAUAGAAAUAUAGCAUGGUAAACAAUAAAUUGAUGUGGCAAAAGUUUUGCAACAUUUUGUUGUGUUGCAUACGUCAUGUAAAAAAUAUUGAGAAGAAAUAACUUUGAAAUCAAUUUCAAUCUGAUUUCUUUCUCAUAUUUUUUUUUGCAUGGGAUAUCGCAGUACAUCAGAAGCCACAAUAUUAACUUUUUUUUCAAAUGUUUCAUAAUAUUCUUGUGAGUAACAGUAACUGCUUGUAAACUCCACAAAAUUUUCAUAAUAUGUGUUAGCUAAUGAGGAUGUAAGUAUGAAAUGAUGAGUUGGUGUACAUUUGAGUAUCAACAUUUACUGGCACGUUCAUUGAGAGAUCUGUGUACCUCAUUGUAUUAGAUGAAUUUCAUUGAUAAUUAUUUGGUUUAAGAGGCUGGUUGUUGCCAUGAAUAAUUUAUCAUAUCGAUGAUUGUUUACAUGCGUGAAUGAUCUUUGUUUUGUCUCUUUUCUUGCUGUUUUUUGUUUAUAAUAAGCAUAAUCAUAUAAACGUUUUAGCUUUCAUCUCAGUAUUAUCUUUGCUACCAAUCAAUGAAAUAUAUCGCUUCUCCUUGUAGUGUUUGUAUAUAUCAUCUGUGAACAAUGAAGGUCAAGAAUUUUGAAACUCGUAUUAUGACUAUGUGAGAAUAGCCGCGAUGAAAUUACAUCACCAAGAUUAAAACAACUUUGUCUAUUUUAAACUAAAUUAAUACCAUCGGAAAUUGAAUUUAUUCUUUUCUUGCUCUAUUUCAAUUUCCUUAACAUUUUAUUUUUCAAUUAGACCACAUAGAUAAGUUUAAUUGAAAUUUUUCAAGAGAAGUUUCGUUGUACAAGAUGCAAUCACGUCGUAUGAGAUUUAGAAUUUCUUUAUUUUCAUCCUAAAACUUAUCAAAAUAUGAACUGAAUAUGAAAAUAAAUUGAUCUUAGUCGUCUGUCUAUGUGGAUUAUAAUAAUAACAAAAGGUGUAUUCUACUUUGCUAAUUACUCUUGUUUUGUAAUUAGAAUAUUUCAUCUCUAUAAAACAGCCCGAAAUUGAAUCACAUCGGUUCGGUUCGAACUGUGAUAAAAAUAUCUGCUUUUCUCAUACAUUCUACUGACAAGAUUAUCAUAAAUGGAGCUAGACGGAUAGGUAAAUUUCAUUUGACCACUGAUAGAUAAGUGAUUGUGAAUUUGAGUCAAACAAUUCAUGCUUUUGACAAAUAUCUUUCCAAGUUUUAAAUCAAGCGAAACUACAGGAAUCGAAUUUAUUCAUUAUUAAUAGUAAGCUAGUUUUUUAGGGUUCUCAUAUCAUUCGUAUCUGUAUAUAAAGCAUAGAAAAAUCAUUCGACUGCAUGAUCAAGCCAAUCGAUUCUUCUCGAAGACUCACUUGACGAACUUUCCGUAUCAAAAUUAAUAAUAACUUUCACUCCUAUCCGCCGUCCUUCAAUAUGGAAAAAGUCGUGUUUUCAUGAUAAUGAAAUUUUAAGCAAUAUCAAUAUUAUCAUCAAUAGAUACUUUUUAAAAUACCUAACAUCAUGAACUAAAAGUAAUUGAUGAACAAAAUACAGCAAUGACGUCUAACAUUUGACUUGUAAAUGAGGAGUAGUUUGGUACAGUUAUUGUUCAACGAUUUGCAUAGAACUGGCCCUUGUCUAACACGAAUAUUCAGUUUUCAACGACAAAAAUCUCUUUUCUUACUCUGGUUGAAAGUUGACCAUAACGAUCAUUCUCUAAUUCAUUAUAGUUGCUGCCCACGAAAGACAUUGACAACGUUGGGAAAAAGUCGUUUGUGUAAGAAUCUUAUGAAUUUGAAUUCGAAUAUAACAAUUUAAAAGAUUGAAUUUGUGAGUAAAAUAAAGGAAUAAUGGAUAGUUGUCCGAUAAAAUUGCAAUGAAUAAUUUUGAACUCCAAAAAAAAUUCUAAAACAAAACCAUUGUUGUUGACAAAGUUGAGAAUUCGAUUCAAAAGCAUUUUUCGUCUUGUAGCAAAUCCGAUUUCUAUGCAAAGAAAAUUUCUCUCUUAUUUUAUAAUUUUUCUUGUCUCUAUUUUAGACUAUCCAUUACGUUCUCCAUUCAGCAUCAACAUUCAUCCAAAUGCUCGAUGGCAACAAAAUGGUAUCACUGUGGCUGGAGGAAAUCGACAAGGCAAUGGAAUCAAUCAACUCUCAUACCCAUUGGGUUUGUAUGUUGAUGAUGAUCAAACAAUCUAUGUUGCUGAUCAAUCAAAUCACCGUAUUGUGGAAUGGAAACGAGGUGCAACAAGUGGCCAAGUGGUUGCCGGUGGAAAUGGACAAGGAAGUGGAGAUCAUCAAUUGGAUAACCCAUAUGAUGUGAUUAUCGACAAAGAGAGAGAUAGUCUCAUCAUAUGCGAUUAUUCGAAUAGAAGAGUGGUUCGAUGGCCUCGUCGAAAUGGGACAAGUGGAGAAACAAUCAUCUCCAACAUCGAUUGUUGGGGUUUGACAAUGGACGAGAAUGGAUCUUUCUAUGUCACUGAUGUUGGAAAAAUUGAAGUGAGACGAUAUCGAAGAGGAGAAUCUCAAGGAACAGUGGUUGCAGGUGGCAAUAGAUAUGGAAAUCGUCUCGAUCAACUCUCUUCCCCACAAUACGUAUUCAUCGAUCGAGAUCAUUCAGUAUACGUAUCUGAUAAGGUAAAUCAUCGUGUGAUGAAAUGGAUGGAAGGUGCAAAACAAGGCAUUGUCGUGGCUGGUGGUCAAGCACAAGGAAAUGAUCUUACACAAUUGUCAUAUCCUCAAGGAGUCGUUGUCGAUCAAUUGGGCACUGUCUAUGUGGCUGAUUGGGAGAAUGAUCGAAUCAUGCGUUGGCCUAAAGGAGCCACACAAGGAAGUGUCAUUGUUGGUGGAAACGGUAAAGGAGGACAAUCGAACCAACUCAAUUGGCCCAUCGGUUUGUCAUUCGAUCGACACGGUAACCUCUAUGUUGUCGAUUGGGGAAAUCAUUGA